CAUCUAAGGGUUUUUUUCGUGUGUUUUAUUUGGUGAAUGGUUUAAUAAUUAUUUUUUUCUUUAAAAAAAAUAAAAUUGAAAUCCUCAUCUAAUCGUGUGUUUUUGUGUAUUAUUUUUGUUCAUCAACCAAACAACAACAACAAACAAUAUUGAUAAAAUGAAAAUUUCGGUUCAACUAAGGCAUUAUUGUCUGGCCGUUUGUUUAUUGCAGGCCAUCUGUUUUGUUUCGUCAAAUUAUAUGCCACAAAGUUUAAGUAAUUAUGGGGGUGGUAAUAGCGGCGGUGGUAAUGGUAAUGUUGGUCCGGUUACAACUGCCAUCGAAUCUACACGUACUGUUGAAGUUAAACCAGUACAAGUGAUGGGCGAACCACAUGAACCACAAGUAGUUGAAGUACCAUCCGAAGAUAUGCCUGUAACCGUACAUUUCAAAUCACAAUCAAGCCGUGUUUUAGUUCAACAAACACAUACACCAGCUCAAGUAGUCGAACCUGAACAUACAACAUCAGAAGAUGAACCACAACGAGUAAUUCAUGAAGUUGUGAAACCAGUCAUCCAAGAGAUUCGUGAAAUAAUUCAGCCAUAUCGUCGUUUAAUUCAACAAGUACAACCAGUGAUUGAACAAACUCAUACGGUCAUUGCUAAAGGUGAACCACGACCACCAGUUGAACCGCUUUCAGUCGAUGGUGCUUCAACUGGCACAAUUUCCGGUGGUGGAAACAGCGGUGGUCGACAAGGAUCUUCAGGUAAAUACGGAGGUAGUUCCGGUGGUAGUAAAUAUGGUGGCAGCAGUAAUUAUGCUGCAGCAGCUUCAUCCGUUUCAUUGAAAUCUCAAUCACCAACAUCCACUGAUGAUCGAAAAUCGUCGUCAUCAUCAACAUCAAAUAUUAAUCGCAAUCCACAGCAACAACAAGCAUUUUCAUUGACACCAAUCACUAAACAACAUUCGAAUCAAAUUCAGACGCCAAGUAGCAAAUACGGCCAACCAAUGAUUGCCCGACAACAAAGUAAUAAUCGCGAUAAUUCUUAUGCAGCACGACGUGGUGAAUUCCGUGAACCACCUCAUAUGGAACGAUUUGAUACACCAAAAGUUUCAUUGCGUCCAGCUUCAACUGCAACGGUAAAUGCAUUGCGACAACAAGCUACAACAGCAAAAAUCAAUCUACGAACAUCAGCUUCGGAAAUCGUACCAUCUGCUGCAGCACCAUCAUCCUCUUCAUCCGCAUCAGCAUCAUCAGCAUCAUCAUCCUCAUCAUCAUCAUCAUCAUUACGACCAAUCUCUGAAUCAUAUCAAUAUUCGCCAUUAUCAGCAUACUUUCCACCAAUAGAUAAACGUGUUGAUGAACCAUUUAAUCCGAUGAAUGAUUACAAUCAAGCUUCUGCAUCACAACAAUAUUAUCAUUAUCAAAAACCAAUUGCAUCUCAACAACCACAACAACACAAUUUUCAUUCCGAUUAUUCAAUGCCAUAUGAUAAUGAUGCUUCAAUGUCAUCGAUGGUUACAUUCGUUGCACAACCAGUCAGAUUUAGAGCAGCACGAGCAUAAUUUCAUCAAAAAACGAAAUAGAUCGUUAUGUAAAUGAUCAUCUGUAAUGACAUCAGCCCAGCAUCAGAAUACCAAUGAUUUUUUUCUCUCGCUUUCUUUCUGUU